AUGUCUCCAUCGUCUCCGUCUUCAGGUUCCAGUUCGUCUCCGAUAGACACCAAUUCGCCGCCGCCGCAACCACUCAGAAUCUGGUGGACUGCCUUUCCCAGUAUCAAGAUUAUACGACCCCCGAAAGGGAGAUUCUCGCCGCAGGUGGACGAGCGGUGUUUCACUUACUGUUCGCAAUCAAUCCGUGGACGACUGGAUAAAAGCGAACCCUGGUGUCGGACGAUAUGCGUUCGUCGUGUCUUCUCCCAUGAAGUCCAGCGGAUUAUCUCCGUGCACGAAGGACAAGAACAAAUUGCCCAAAUGAAGUAUCCUCUACCUCCGGAAGGUCAGAGGACGCCGAGCUUGACUGGAAUGCUCUCUGGACAACCAAACGAGGAGAACGAACCGAGACAGACCGAGGUGCGGCAUUGGAACGAGGGGUGGUAUCUGUGGUCUAGCAAGAGUCGCUGGGCGGCGCAGGAGAGGAUGGAUUUGAUGAUGUGCGAUAUAGAACGUCAGGCGGAGUGGCAGCGGUAUAAGGAGGAAAUGAACGAGAAGUGGACGCAUCAUGGGGGAGAACAAGCGAUCCAUCAAUCUGCUGGGCAUGAGGAAUUGGAGUCUCUCCCGGACGUACCCCCGGAGCUCAACAAUGUUGAACACAUUCCGCAGAAGCCGUUCCCAGAUCUCGCCGACCAAUCCAUUCUUAUUCCGAUACCAUUUCCCUCCUCAGUACCGCCAUUCCAACAUCAGAUCGAGAACCUUCUUACACCCACACACAAGGUGCUCGGCCUCCUGUACCAGACGGUAGAUUCAGGUGAGCAGUGGGGAUUUGCGAAGCGUAUAUGGGAGAAGGCGUGGACUCCCGAGCCAUUCGUUCUUGCACGCAAUGUAUGUACGAAAAUGUGGGAAAAGUGGAAGGACGGGCCUCCGGACGACUCGAGCGACACCAAGGUCUGA